AUGGCAAGGGUGACUUCGCGGCGUCAAAAUUCUACGCGCAGCCUGAGUGAGUCUGCCAAUCUCCCGAAACACUCUCGGAAGUUGUUUGACCGAUCUUUUCCGUGUGCUUGGGAUGGUGCUCGGCGUCCAGGGUGUGCUGCGGAGUGCGCUUGUGGCUGGACAGAGCGGUGCCAUCCGAGCUUUGUGUUUGUCCUAGACAACACUACCGGCAGCGGUAGACACGGGCAAUUGGUGGAUGUCGGCGUAUGCGGCAUGGACUUUCGAGUUCCGGUGCUUGUGUCGCUGCUGCUGCCGGUCCUGCUUCUGACCUGCCUGAUCUCCGUGCGCCGAAUCAUGACGGAUGCCGUGUACUCUGAGCUGAAGCUCUUUGAUCGGGAAAGCCGUCGGAUGGAUGAUCUCUGCAACAAAAAGCUCUUUAAGAGGAAGGGCGAGGAGACCCAAUGA